AUGACCGUCCUUUAUGAACGUUUGGCAGAAUUAGAAGAGAAAAAGCAUACAAUUGUUGAUGAAAUUAAUGCAGAAGGCACACCAAAUGAGCAACGUGAACGUUUACUGCAAACAGUAAUUCGUACAACUGAUGAAAUCAAUGUAAUACAAAAGCAAUUGGAUGAUGUUAAUGAGCAAAUUGAGCAGUUAACAGAAGAAUUACGAGAAUUUGAUAUUGAAAUGGAAAAUGUUGCAGGUGAAAAGAAUGAGAAAUAUCGAGAACUUAAAUUAAAAGAAAUACAAAUGGAUGAAUUUCUGAAUUCAUACGACAAUUCGAGAGCAAAAGAAGAAUCACGAAUUAAUGAGAUAACUGCUGAAGUGGUCCGUAUAUUAGAAUUAAUUUCAAUAAAUAUUACAAACCUGUCUUUAAGUUCCCAGAACAUUAACCUGGAUUUUACUGAACUGAAAAACGAUGGAAAUAUUUCAACAUCAGCUUUAAAAGAAUUGUAUGUUUGUUUACAAGAAGAAUUAUUUGAAAUGGAUAAGCUGGAAGAGCGUCUUAAAACGGACAAUAAUCAAAUUAACGAAAAACUAAAAGAAGUGAUUGAGAAGACGGAACAGUUUGAAAAUAUUGAGGAUAUGAAAGCUCGUAAGGAGCAAAAGCAUCGGGAAUUAGAAAAUCGACGUAAAAUUUUGGCAAAAGAAUUACCAGAAACUAACAAUUUAUAUCAGAAACUGAUGAAUGAAUUAGAACAAUUGAAAUUUAGACUCGAAAAGAACGAUAAUUAUAUCAAGUUUAAAAAUAUAGAAAAGAAAUGGCAAUCCGUGGAAAAAAAUUUGAAUGCGUUACGUGAGGCAGCAAAACAGCGAGAAUUGGAGACGAAUUAUGAAGUUUUUAAGAAGGAGGCAUUGCGGUUGAAAGCAGCAUACAAUGCAGUAUUGAUCGAAUCUAUGAAAUUUUGCUGA